CUCGCGAGCGGCCAACACGUAAGCGGCGCGUUGUGCAGCUGUUUAGAAAACACGGCAGCAAAAUAACAAGAAAAAAACAAACACCAACAACAACAACAGCAACCAACUCGAUAAUAGGCAGCGGCGCAACUGAAGUGUGAAUUCAUAUUGAGGUUAUGUAACCUAUAUGUCGUAGUAAAAAACAGGCGAAAACAAAACGCACUAGCUGUAGUGUAGCUGCAUUAGUCAGGUCACACGCUCACCUGCAAAAAUUCAGAUAAUUCCCAGCACGCGCCUCGUUUCGGACUCAUUACGCAUUCGCAAUGGAGGACGCAAAGGCUGCGGCGCAGGCGCAAAGUCAUCCUCUGGAGGAUGUGUCCCUCAAUGGCAACGAUGACGACAAGCAGACGCCCAAAAAUUGGGUUAAAUUCGACGACGAAGCCGACAGCGGGGAAAAAAACAAUAACAGUAACAGUAACGACGGCGAUGCCACACAGCAGCAGCAGCAACAACAAAACAAGUUAACUCUGCCGCCACCGCCGUCGGUGGUUAGCAGCAACAACAACAGGAGGGCGCGCUCGCGCAGUCCGGCCGCCACAGUGACAACAACAACAACCACACCUGUCCAGCGUCCGGCAGUUUCCUCGACCACAGCUGCGACACCCGGCGAAGUGCUGGCUCAGGCCCCUCCGCCGGAUGUGGCGCCCGCUGUUUUGACAACCGAGAGCACGCACGUUAAUCUGAGUGCAUCCGGCAGCGGCCUCGUCAGCGGAGCAAGUGCGAAUGCAAGUGCCAGUGGAUACGCACCUGGCCCGGUCCGCCAUACCCCGCAGCUAACAAACCAAAAAGCCGCCGCUGCCCCCGCUCCAUCGUCCGCCGGGGCGGCAUCCUCCAGCCAUCAGCAUAAUGGAGGUGGCGCCAACGGAACUGGAAUUAGCCAGCCGGCGGACCAGGGAUCCGGGAUGCGCACAAUCGAACUGUCAACGGGUCGCAUUCGCGAGGGAUUCGCAAAUGGCGAUGUCAUUGUCACACUUCUGCCGGCCAACACGAAGUGGCCGUGGAUAACCCCUGCCAUAUUCCGUCCGGAGCUGGUGCCCGAGGAGCUGAUGGCUCAAGGUCUGACGCUCACUGUGGAGGACUACGUGAACGCGAUGGAGACUCUGGUGAACGAUUACCGCUUCACCGUCUACAACAUCUGCUACAAGCGCAUCCUGGUCUGCUGGAUCCUGUUCGCCUUUACGGUGUUGUUGGCCCUGCUCUUCUCCGGACUGCAGGGCGUGGCCCUGUUCGCCCUGGGCGUGGGAUGGCUCUUCCUGAACGCGGCGGCCAUCUUCCUGUGCAUGUGGGUGAAGCUGCGCCUGUCGCGCGGCCUUGAGAAGUGCCUGGCCCGCGUGAACCGGCAGCUGAUGCGCCACAAGAUCCUGCUGGUGCUGGACGACCGCGGUCGCAUCUCGUGCCACAAGGUCAACCUGUGCUUCAUGUACUUCGAUGCAACGCAGUGCGUGAAUUUCCUGAACGAGUUCCUCGAGCACACGGAGCAAACUGGAGGCGAUGCCAUCAAGGCGGGCUGGGAGGCGAAGCUGGACAUUGACCUCGAGGACAUCGUUAUCCAGGGCAGUCAGCCGGUGCGAGUGCCACGCAAGCAGGAGCGCGGCCUGCAGCUGUUCCUGCGCUACGGAUCCCGAUGGGGCAUGGAGGCCCUGAGGGGCCUGGUGGACGUGACCCCCUUGGAGCCGGGACGCCACUGCGGACAGUUCCAGUGCCCCUGCCAGUACAUCAAAGAGCACCUGCAGUGCAAACCGCGAGAUGUAAGCCCCUAGGGCUGAGACAAACUUUUUGGGGGUCCUUUGCACCUCUCCCUUUCUUUUCUUAUCUAUAUUUCCUCCUUCUAUGCUUAAUUAUGUGUGUGCUAAAUUAACCCAACAGAUAUUUCAAAAUUUCUGAUCAACCAUGUUCUUUUCAUGCUUCCAAAAUUGUACACAAAACAGUUGGCAUAAACAGCUUUGGCCAAGUAGUUUGGACCCGAUACCCCUUGUUUGGUGGCUAGAGAUUUAGCUGUUUGUUGGCCAUAAUAAUACCCAAGCACCCACACGAAUUCAAUUGGUGAAACACAGAAAUACUAAGCCGUUUCGAUAUUAAUUUCAAAAAGUUGCGCUGCCUAUUAUAUAUUAUAUAUUAAUCAAGCGAAUGAAUUUCUAACAUAAGCCCUGUAUAAACUUGCCUUUACGAAGUACUUAUAACUUGUUGGUGUCACAAAUAAAUGU